AUGCGAAGAGUCGUGGUUACGGGCUUGGGCCUUGUAAGCCCUCUAGGAUUAGGUGCUACCAAUUUAUCCCGAGUGCAAAUCCUUCUGAACUCACUUCCCGCAGGUGUGCGACGGACAUGGAGCCGCCUAAUCAAUGGGGAGUGUGGCGUAGUUUCCAUCAAAGAUCGAAGCCCAGAACUUGCACUGCUACCAAGCCAAGUGGCCGCUUUGGUUCCCGAAGGCAGUAGAGAUGAUGGUAAAUGGAAUGUGAAAGAUCACAUCACUCCCGUCGAUGAACGUCGAAUGGCACGAUUUGCACAGUAUGCCAUGGUGGCCUCUGAGGAAGCUUUAAAAGAUGCAGGCUGGUCACCGACAAAAGAAGAGGACCUUGAAGCCACAGGUGUGUACAUGGGCUCAGGCAUCGGCAGCUUGGACGAUGUUUACAACACGACGGUCGCGUAUGAGAAAGGAGGCUACCGAAAGGUGUCACCGCUGUUCGUGCCUCGAUUGUUGAUCAACCUUGCUGCAGGUCACGUAUCGAUGCGAUACGGCUUCCGGGGACCUAAUCAUGCAGCUACUACAGCGUGUACAACGGGAGCACACAGUAUCGGCGAUGCAGCCAGGUUCAUUCAAUUUGGAGAUGCUGAUGUAAUGAUUGCAGGCGGGGCAGAGUCGUGCAUACAUCCACUUGCAAUCUCUGGUUUUGCAAGAGCACGAAGCCUGGCGACCGAGUACAACGAUCGGCCUUCAGAGUCAAGCCGACCAUUCGAUCGGGACAGGGGAGGGUUCGUCAUUGGUGAAGGAGCUGGCGUGGUCGUUCUAGAGGAACUGGAGCACGCCAAGGCACGAGGUGCCCAAAUAUAUGCUGAAGUCGCUGGUUAUGGCCUCUCCAGCGAUGCUCAUCAUAUGACAGCCCCUCGUGAAGACGGCCAAGGUCCCCGACUUGCUAUGAGAAACGCGCUCAGACAUGCCAGUCUCAGACCAUGUACUGUCGACUACAUAAAUGCGCACGCUACCAGUACGCCUCUCGGCGAUGCUGCGGAGAAUAGAGCUAUCAAAGAGCUCUUGCUAGGCGAACAUGGCAAGCAGAAAGCUUCUGAGAUCAGCAUGAGCAGCACCAAAGGUGCAAUUGGUCACCUUCUAGGUGCAGCUGGUAGUGUGGAAGCCAUUUUCACAGUGCUUGCUUUGCAUCACAACACACUGCCGCCCACGCUGAAUCUCCGAAAUCCAGGAGAUCCAGCAGCCGACUUUGACUGCAACUACAUUGCCCAUGAAGCCCAGAGAAAAGAGGUCAAUGUGGCAAUGUCGAAUAGUUUCGGGUUUGGAGGCACGAAUGCAUCGCUAUGUUUCCGCAAAAUCUAA